UGAGUGCUUUCCUCAUCUCACUUGAUAAAUACCAUUUGGUUUUCUACUAAUUUCUAAUUACUCGAACCUCAAUAAAUUCUUAUAAUUUUUUUACCCUUUUUUUCUUCUGUGUGUGUAUAUAUAUAUAUAUAUAUAUAUAGAUACAUUCAUCGUGUUCAAGCUUCCCUCCGAGAGAGAAGCCGUGGUUAAUUUAUUUGGUGGUUGAUUAAUAAGCCAUGGCUUUCCAUUGUAGAACAGAAGCUGCUAAAUUCCUUGGUGUGGGAAUUGGUAUCUUUUGCACGCUUUUGGCUUUUAGUUUUGCAGAGCUUGAGAGGGUUAAACACCCAAUUAAGAAAGAUGGGUCACUUAGUUUUUUGGUGAUUGGAGAUUGGGGCAGAUCAGGUUCUUAUAAUCAAUCUGAAGUGGCCUUCCAGAUGGGAAGAAUUGGAGAGCAAUUAGAUAUAGAUUUUGUGAUUUCAACAGGAGAUAAUUUCUAUGAAGAUGGGUUGAAAAGUGUAAGUGACCCAUUAUUCAAGGAUUCCUUUUCAAAAGUUUACACAGCCCAGAGCCUGCAAAAGCCUUGGUACAGCAUUUUAGGAAAUCAUGACUACAGGGGUAAUGUAGGAGCACAAUUAAGCCCUGAACUGAGAAAGAUUGAUAGUCGUUGGUUUUGUCGUAGGUCUUUUAUUCUUAAAUCAGAUAUUGCGGAAUUUUUCUUCGUCGAUACAACUCCAUUUGUCGAUGAUUAUUUCUAUGAUCCGGAGCACAUAUAUCAUUGGAAGGGCGUGAUGCCUCGAACCUCUUACCUUACCUCACUUCUCAGGGAUUUGGAAAAAGCACUGAGAGAGUCAAACGCAAAAUGGAAAAUUGUUGUGGGUCACCAUGCAAUUAGAAGUGCAGGGCAUCAUGGGGAUACAAGGGAGCUUAUACAGCUUCUUCUUCCAAUGAUGAAAGCCAACAAUGUUGAUAUGUACAUGAACGGGCACGACCAUUGUCUAGAGCAUAUUACUAGCCAUGAUAGUUCAAUUCAGUAUUUGACAAGUGGCGGGGGUUCGAAGGCAUGGAGGGGUGAUGUCAAACAUUACAAUCGACUGACCACGAAAUUCUUUUACGACGGACAAGGAUUUAUGUCAGUGAAGCUAAGCGAAGAGAACGCCCAUAUUCUGUUCUACGAUGUUUUUGGCAACACUUUACAUGAGUGGAGGCUGACAAAUGAGCUUCUCUCCGACAUGUAAAUUUCUGCUGAGAAGCAAGCUGGCCAAAAUUUGCACCGUUGUUGUUUUCCUUCCCCCCCCCUUUUUUUUUUUUACUCUGUAAUAUAAACAUUUUUUCAUACGACACAUCACAUGCAAGAAGGUGUUGGUGUAAGAAUACACGGACAAUGGCAUGUUUUGUUUUUCUUUUGUUACUGUAUAUGUGUGUGUGUGCGCGUAUAUAUCUAGGUAUGCAUAUAUGUAUGUAAAGUAUGAGAUUAGUAAAGAAGGAAAUACAAGUUGAUUUUCUUCCAAA